UAUUUGUAAAUUUGUUAUCAAAUUCUCUUAACUGACGAUGACAAGAAAACCUAAAUGUGGUCAAGGCAAAAGAUUACAAUACUAUUAAUUAUUACAACUGUAUUAAUUAGGAGUAAUAAUGGCGCCAAGCAAAAAUCGCCCAAAGUUGUUUACUAUAUAUCCACUAAAGUUGACUUUAAUCCAGAAUAUUUGCAAGAUCAUUAUUUUACAAUAGCUGCAGAUCGCCAGACGGCAGACAUUGUGCUAAAUAUAGCCAAAACUUUUGUUUACGAUCCUUGGGCUGGGAUAACGAUAACAUUUCAAAAUCUUAAAACUAAACUUAGUCGUGUAUUGUUUCAAUACGAUAUCAAUGUUUGCGCGAUAUUGGGUAAACAAGGUUCACAACUGAAUAGCUUUGUAUCGGGUUGGAUUAAUAACUUUUGGAAAUAUGGUGAUCUACCUAGAAGUUGUCCUAUAAAGAAGUAUUUUCAGGGUAAUUAUACCUGGAACAAUUUACGAGCUGAAAAGUUAAAUAUACCAAAUUUUAUAUCGAAUGGCCAUUAUCUUAUUAAUAUAAACACCUAUUUUCGAUAUGGUGGCAGCAUAGAUUCAAUUGCUAAUUUAACUAUUGUGGUGGAAUUGAAAUAAACUUUGGU